AUUGGCUGCGCCGUCCCCACCGUGGGGGAUAAAUUGGGGGCGGCCGGGCCGGGUGUUUGUCUCCCGCCGCGGGGCAGAGGGCGGUUGGUGGGGACUGAGGCAGAGGGUUGUCUAAUCUCCAGCAUUAACCAGCAAUACCAGCUGCAAUGGAGAGCGCAGAGAGGGGAGAAGGGGAAAUGUUGCACUAUGAGGAAACAGAAGAUGAUAAUGUCAGUCCCACUGACCUUUCAGAGCUGCUGAAGGAGGGGACUAAGGAAUCCCAUGACCGUGCGGAGAACACCCAGUUUGUCAAAGACUUCCUGAAAGGACGGAUCAAGGAGGAGCUCUUCAAGCUGGCCACUGUGGCACUUUACUUCACAUACUCUGCUCUGGAAGAGGAAAUGGAUCGCAAUGAGGACAACCCGGUCUUUAGUCCUCUGUACUUCCCCCUAGAGCUUCACCGGAAAGAAGCGUUGAUCAAAGACCUGCAAUAUUUCUAUGGAGAAGACUGGAAAGAGAAGAUCCAGUGUUCAGAGGCAACUCAGCAGUAUGUGGACAGAAUCCAUCAUGUGGGACAGAACCAGCCAGAGCUGCUAGUGGCUCACGCUUACACACGCUAUAUGGGGGACCUCUCAGGUGGCCAAGUGCUGAAGAAGGUAGCCCAGAGAGCCCUCAAGUUGCCCAGUACCGAGGAAGGGAUCCAGUUCUAUGUGUUUGGUAACAUCUCUAAUGCGCAGCAGUUCAAGCAGCUCUACAGGGCAAGGAUGAACGCUUUGGACUUGGACAAGAACACCAAGGAAAGGAUUGUGGAAGAAGCCAACCGAGCCUUCAGAUUUAACAUGCAGGUGUUUGAUGAACUGGACAAGAUUGGCAAGUCACUGGCAGAAGCCCAAGAUGGAGGCCUUCGAGUCCAUGAUGGAAAAGGAGACCUGCGCAAAUGCCCUUACUAUGCAGACAAGCUCGCAGGUAAUGCAGGAUCCAGCUGUCCCUACCAUGGUGCAGUGGCCCUGGCAAAGCAGCCCCUGGUGCAGCUGAUGCUGGCCACCUGCAUCGCGGUGCUGGCAGGAGCUGCAGCCUGGUACAUAUUGUGAUGGGAGCAGUGGCCUGUGGAUCCAGUUGUGGGAAGGGGAGAGACACGCCAUGUCCUUUUCCGGCUGUUCCCUUGCCACUGCUGUUGGCUGCAUGGUGGAAGUAAGGAAAUAAACAGGAAUCUUGUGGGACUGUUAAA